AUGAAAAAUACCAACAAUGCUGAUAUUAAUUUCAAAUUAAUACUUAACAUCACAGUAUUGCAUUAAAUAUAUUGAAAUAAAACAAUUUUUUUUUAUUUAUGUGUGUUGCCAAAAAUCUUUUAAUAAGGAGUGAAUUCAUGCAAUCGUCAUGGCAGAAGAACCACCUGUAUCAAGACCAGGCGAAGCAGCGCUUAAAAACAUGCAGCUGUUGAAAAAAGAAAGCAGUGUCUUCAAAAUUCCUAAAGUGCCACAAAAAAGACCUGAAAAGAAACGAGCGACGGUUCUAGAUGAAGAAGUGUAUGUAGAGGGCAUAGCGAAGAUAAUCCAAAGAGACUUCUUCCCGGACCUGGAGAAGCUGAAAGCUCAGAACGAGUACCUGGAAGCUUCGGAGAACAAGGACUAUACACGACUGCGGGAGCUCACACGCAAGUACAGUGGACAGAGGCCACCCACUGAACCUUAUAACUCCCCAGCCACUUUUGACACCCCUGACAUAAACCACCAGCGCUCUCCUCCCAGAGAACAAAGCACUGAACGCGCGCCAGAGAAGCCCAGGGAUGUCACCGACAAGCACUCACUGGACUCGUUCCUCGCGGCGCACACUAGCGAGGACAAUGCCAGCUACGACCGCGUUAUAGCGUUAGAACAGAAGAAGAAGGCAGCAAAGCUAGGCCCGGCGCUGGCUGCCGAGGCCGAGUCCCGAGAGAAGGCGGACUCCGCGCUCGCGCUACCCUCCGUCGAGCAGCAGGCCGACCAGACCGAGCGCCCCUUGGAGUUGGACACGUGGCGCUACACGGCCCGCAACCACAUAAUGUACGUGCCGGACGGCGCCGCGUCGCAGCGGCCGCCGCCGAAGCCCUCCCUGCGGCGCCACAACACGCGCCUGCGCGCCACGCCCUUCGACCACGCCAAGAGCAAGGCGCACAUCUCCGCGCUCGCCCGCGACCAGGACGCGACCGCCCACGGCAAGAUCGGCGUGGACGGGGCGGCGCAGGAGCACUCGCUGCUGCCGCCGCCGUCGCCCGCGCCGGGCGCCGGGCCGGACGCGUCGCCGCUCAUGACGUGGGGCUCCAUCGAGGGCACGCCCUUCCGCCUCGACGGCGGCGACACUCCGCUCCCGCACGUGGGGUGUGGAGCGGCGUACCGCAUGCUGGAGUCGGGGUCCCGGGAGCGGCUGGCGCUGCAGCUGGCCGAGCGCGCCGCGCGGCGCCGCCGCCCCACCACGCCGCGUGUCGCGCCGCCCACGCCCAGUUUCAGAUCGAACACGGAGCGCCUGGCCAGCAUGUCGCCGGCGGCGCGGCGGCUCGCCACCAAGCACCUGGUGUCGCCGCGCCUCAAGCUCACCCCCAAGGGCGUCGGCGUGCACCACCUCACGCCCAAGCCCACCCCCACCCCCCACCCCCGCCGCAGCCCCCGCACCCCACUGGUCCAACCGGCAACCGGUCAAGCCCAGACCGACACCCUGACGGAUAACCUGCUACAGAUUAAUUUAGAAAAGAGAUCGAGAUUAAAAGCGCAGGAUUUCUUCAAGUAGCAAAGGACCGGCAUUCUUGAACACCAGUAUGGAUAUGUGACAGUGUGUGUUUUAAUCGAGUGGUGUUAUAAAGUGACGUUUAAGUGGAUAACGCCAUCGUAUACCUGCGGUUGAUUGUACCGAGUUAGCUCGAGUUACAAUAUCAAUCGAGGGACAUUAGCAUAUUAAUUGCCGCUAAGUGCUACGGGUUACGCUCGUAACGUGUAGCCAUUUUCGCCGUAUGGAGCGCGUAGUCGCUACGAACAGUGACGC